GCAAUUAAAACUAUAACUACAUUGCAACAGCCCAACUCAACCCAAACUAUCUCGAACGAAGACAAAGUUUCAGCAAACAACACCAUGGAAGUUAACCAAGCUACAACAGAUACCAUAACAGACACAGUGACAUCACUAUCACAACAAACCGACUUGGAAGACCAUCGAUCCAACAUUCCCACUGUACUUCCUAAUGUAAUCGAUGCAAUAAUGACUGAAAUUCCUUGA